AUGCUGUCUAUUUUUUCUGAUAUGAUUGGAAAAUGCAUGGAAAUUUUUAUGGACGAUUUUUCUAUUUUUGGUGAAUCAUUUGAUGAAUGCUUAAAUCAUUUACAACAUGUACUUGAAAAAUGUAUAGAGAAAAAAUUAGUUUUGAGUUGGGAGAAAUCACAUUUUAUGGUUAAAGAGGGAGUUGUGUUGGGUCAUAUUGUGAGUAAAAGGGGUUUAGAGGUGGAUAGAGCAAAAAUUGAUAUUAUAUCUAAAAUGAAACCUCCAAAUUCAGUAAAACAGAUUAGAUCUUUCUUGGGUCAUGUAGGUUAUUACAAAAAAUUUAUUCAAGAUUUUUCGAAGAUUUCUAAACCUCUCACCAUGUUAUUAUCUAAAGAUGUGCCUUUUAAUUUUGAUGAGAAAUAUUUUGAGUCUUUUUCCGAAAUAAAAAGAUUACUCACUGAGGCACCCAUUUUACAAGCUCUUGAUUGGUCCCUUCCCUUUGAAAUAAUGUGUGAUGCAUCGAAUUAUGCAGUGGGGGCCGUUCUAGGACAAACAAAAGAGUCAAAACCCAUAGUAAUUUCAUAUGCUAGUAAAACUAUAUCCGAUGCUCAAUUAAAUUAUACCACGACUGAAAAAGAGUUGUUAGGUGUAGUAUUUUCGUUAAAAAGGUUUAGAUCAUAUAUUUUGGGAGCUAAAAUUAUUAUUUAUACUGAUCAUGCAGCAUUAAAAUAUCUGUUAAAUAAGAAAGAUGCAAAGCCACAUUUAUUAAGAUGGAUUUUAUUGUUGCAGGAAUUUGACUUAGAAAUAAAAGAUAAAAAAGGUUUCGAGAAUGCUGUUGUUGACCAUCUUUCUAGAUUAAGUGACACAGGAAUAAAUGCAGCACCUUUACAAGACGCAUUUCCAGAUGAACAAUUGAUGGCAGCUCAACAUCAACCAUCACCAUGA